AUGGCCACCGCACAUUCACAAACCCUUCGAAUCUCUUCACUUUCAUCUUCCAGCUCUCUUUCUCUCUCUUCUGCCUUGUCCAUCUCCUUCCUCUCCAGCCGCCGCGCCGCCUGUCCCCUCGUCGUCUUCGUCUCCGCCGACCUCGACGCAAAACCUACGGUUCUCGUCGCCGAGAAGCUCGGCGAGGCGGGCCUCAAGCUGCUCAAGGAGUUUGCUAACGUGGACUGCAGCUACAACCUCAACCCUGAGGAGCUUUGCACUAAGAUCUCGCUCUGCGAUGCACUAAUCAUCAGGAGUGGUACCAAGGUCAUGCGCGAGGUGUUUCAGUCCCCCGCCAGCAGGCUCAAGGUCGUCGGAAGGGCCGGCGUCGGGAUCGGCAAUGUGGAUCUGGCUGCCGCCACCGAGCAUGGCUGCCUGGUGGUUAAUGCCCCCACCGCCAACACCGUCGCCGCCGCUGAGCACGGGAUCGUGCUUCUCGUAGCCAUGGCUAGGAACGUUGCUUAUGUUGACACGUCCGUCAAAGCUGGUUAG